CCCGACCUCAACCUUAUAUACUCCAAAACACCCUCUUCCUCUCCCUCCACAAACCCUUCUCUCCCUCUCCAACUCAUGCCAUAGUGUCAUCCUCCCAUCAUACGCCGUCGUUUCAGGAGAAAAAGAGAUACAUUGGACAUGACGAUGAGCAACGCUAUCGGACAGUUCGGCGACACCACGCUUACCAAAGUGUUUGUUGGCGGCCUGGCAUGGGAGACUCCCAAAGAGGCCAUGAGAGACCAUUUCGAGAAGUAUGGUGAGAUCUUGGAGGCCGUCAUCAUCUCCGAUAAGCUCACCGGCAGAUCCAAGGGCUACGGUUUCGUGACGUUUAAGGAGCCGGAGGCGGCGAAGAAGGCCUGCGAGGACGCCACGCCGAUGAUCAACGGCCGCCGAGCCAACUGCAAUCUGGCUUCUCUUGGAGCGCGACGCCCGAGGUCGGCUGCCUCCAGUACACCACCUCACCAAGGAUCUAACGGUGGAUCGAGGCCCACCUCAGCUGCACCUACUAGUCACGUGCAGUGGUACUAUCCGGCGGGAACGCCGGCUCCCCCCUUCCAUCACCAGCAUCAUCAAGCUGUUCCUUUUUAUGGGUACUCCCCCGCCUACAUUGCGGCCGACAUCAGUUACAAUCAUAAGCUAAGCUACACAGGUGGUUCGUACAUGAACGGGCAUUUCUCGCAGGUGUAUCCAGGGCAGGCUAUGGUGGGUGCGAACGCAUUGAUGCCAAUGUACCCUUUCUAUCAUUUUCAUCAAUCACAGACGAUGGGGCAUCCAGCUCACAUGUUUCCACCAACGACGGUGGGCCCAAUGCCCACUGUCCCAGCGAUCAUCUCAAAGCCCUCAUCAAUGGCUCCCAACACAGGGCCAGGCUUGAUAAUCUUUUUCAAGCAAACGGGUACCCUCAAAUCUGAUAAUGGAAGCUGCAAAUAAGUCUUUGAAAAAUCCAAAAUUUUGAACAAGUAAGAUGUGAACUGAUAUUACAGAGAACAGUUUGUUUGGCUGUGGAAUAGGUGCGAUGGGAGGAGGAGAAAGCUUUAAAAAGGUUGGAUAAAGGAAGAAGGAAAGAAAGAAAGACUCAAGGCUUAAAAGAGCAAUAACGAAAGUGCCUGCCGGUGCUCUGGAGUUGGCAGCUGCUCAGAACAACAUUAUUAUCUGAUCUGGGAUGGCUGUUUUCCAAUUAUUUUUUUCUUGUAAUUUCUUAAUUUCUUAUUCUUAGGUGUUUGAUAAUAUUCAUUCAUUCUCGUUCUCUCUAACAUGCAUCUAUCUCAUCAUGAGCUGUAAACCAUUUAAGGAAAAAAAAAAAAGAAACAAGAAAAAAAAAAAAAAAAAAAAAAAGAGAGGAGACAUAUGUAACAGAGGUCAUGUACCCAUGCCCUAUGGAAUCUUUUCAAUGGCUUCAUUGGACUUUGAUGCAUAAA